AUGGAGGAGCAUGAGCCGUGGAGUAGAGAGGCGAGCCCGGACUCUAGGCACCGGAAGAUGAGCUUCAACCCAGUCGGCACCUGGACGGAGCAAACGGGCGAAGUGUACGUAGAGCCAACGAUAGGCGCAUUCGAAGUGCCUAGGUGGAAAAGACUGCUCCAGGUCUUCUUCGCCGUUAUCUACUGCCUCUUCGCCGCCGGUGUCGUCUUCGGUUACGCCGCGAUAAAACCCGUACUUCUCGAAGAAGGUGUCUACAGAGAUUACUGCACCAAAGAAGAGCUGGAUCAGGAUGUACACGUCUGCUACGAGCAGGAGCUCCGGCUCAACCUCAUGUUCACGAUCGCUGCCGUCUCUACGAACGUCGUCGCGCUUCCCGUCGGUACCAUCCUCGAUCGCUUCGGACCACGCGUAUGCGGAGUAACUGGUGCGAUAUCUAUAACGAUUGGCGCAUUGCUCUUCGCAUUCGCAAAGGAACUGCCUUUCGACGCGUUUAUCCCUGGAUACUUGUUCAUGGCGCUGGGUGGACCAUUCAUCUUCAUCUCGUCGUUCCAGCUUAGCAACACGUUUCCGCAAUACUCUGGACUCAUCUUGGCGCUUUUGACUGGAGCUUUCGACACCUCGAGCGCGAUCUUCUUGAUGUACCGACUCAUCUACCAAGGCACAGAUGGCAACUUCUCGAUCAAGAAGUUCUUCCUUAUCUACCUAAUCGUCCCAGCAUUUAUCCUCGCAGUUCAGAUUCUCUUCAUGCCAUCGGUAUCGUACAAGACGGUUGGUGAACUCGUCACUAGUGCGGAGGAAGAGCAGGUCAUCCACGACUCAGACGACGAGAUUGAAGACGCAGCAACUGUUCGAAGCCUCCAAGAUGCGCGACGAGCACACCGCGAUAGCAUUGUUAGCGAGAUUACGUCUUUGCUUGGCACAAAAGAUGGUCAGAAGCAGGCACAAGAAGAAGACAAGAAGAAGAACAUUUCAGGUGUGUGGGGUGCGCUACACGGUCGCACCGCCAGCCAGCAGAUCCGCACGCCCUGGUUCAUUCUCAUCACGCUGUUCACCGUGCUGCAGAUGACGCGUAUCAACUACUUCGUUGCCACGAUUCGGACGCAAUACACGUACCUGUUCCAUGACUACGAGAAGGCUGUCGAAAUCAACAACUUCUUCGAUGUCGCGCUUCCAGUUGGUGGAGUACUGUCUGUACCGUUCAUUGGUCUGCUUCUCGACAACACAAGCACUACUUUUACGAUGGCGCUGCUCGUCACCGUUGCUACCACAAUUGGUGUGCUAGGCGUGAUUCCGGAGACAUGGGCCGCUUAUGCGAACAUUGUCCUCUUCGUGCUCUACCGACCUUUGUACUACACCGCAGUCUCCGACUACUCCGCCAAAGUCUUCGGUUUCGCUACCUUCGGAAAAGUUUACGGCCUCAUCAUCUGUCUCGCUGGUGUCCUCAACUUCUCUCAAUCUGCUCUCGACGCCGCUACACACAAGACCUUCAAGAAUGACCCUGUACCUAUCAACGUCAUCUUGCUUAGCCUGGCGCUGCUCGUCGGUCUAGCCCUUGUGGCGUUUGUGUGGCGAAAGAGCCAUAGGAUCCAAAGGGAGAACAUUGAAGAGGAGGCUGAGGAAGCAAGAGAGUCGCUUAUGCCAGCUGCCAGUGGAAGUCAAGGAGCGAAUGGCUAUAGGUCGAUGAACGGAAGUGGGACUGUCAGUCCUAGUGAAGACAACAGGGGGAGACGGCUGUGA